AUGUCGAACACAGAUAAAGAAAAGUUCUUUGAAAGUAAUGCUGGUGAUGGUACAACCGUUUACGACCAAUAUUUACAUGGGUUCCCAUUAUAUAUGUGUCUUGGUUCAUGUUUUGCCUCAUUGUUUUUAAUUGGUUUGGAUCAAACUAUUGUGAUCACCAUCCUUGAAGAAGUUGGUAAUAAAUUUAACGGAUAUGACAAAAUGGGUUGGAUUAGUGCAGGUUAUAUGUUAACUAUGGCAGUCUUCGCAGCUACUUGGGGUAAGAUGUCUAUAAUAUUUGGAAGAAAAUGGUCAUUGUUGUUAGCUAUAGUGUUAUUUGAGGCUGGCUCUUUAAUGUGUGCUUUAGCAAAUGAUAUGGAUGUAUUGAUUGGUGGUAGAAUUCUUGCAGGUAUUGGAGGAGGUGGUAUCCAAACUUUAGUCUUUAUUGUCUGUUCAGAAUUAACUCCAAUUCAUCAAAGACCUUUAGUUUUUGUGGUUCUAAGUCUUUCAUUUGCUUGUUCCACGGUUACCGGUCCAUUGAUUGGAGGUGCCUUCUCAAAACAUGUUACUUGGAGAUGGUGUUUUUAUAUUAAUUUACCAAUUGGUGGGUUGGCUCUUGGUUUAUUGACAAUUUUUUUCAAUCCCCCAAGAGUGAAAGGCUCAAUGAGAGAAAAAUUGAAAUUAAUCGAUUAUCCCGGCACUUUCUUACUUACUUCAGGUGUUGUUAUAUUCUUACUUGCAUUAACUUUUGGUGCUCUUACUUUUGGAGGUGUUGAAUUUGCAUGGAACUCAGGUGCUAUUAUAUCAAUGUUCAUCAUUGGUGGUGUUUUGUUAAUCUUGUUCUGCGUCUGGAAUUUUGAAUAUUCAAAGAAUCCAAUAAUACCACUCUCUAUUGUCAAAGUCCGUCAAGUUGUUUUGCCAGUUUUAACUUUGGCGUUGGUGUUUUUCAGUUUCAUGUCUGUUGUUAUCUUUUUGACGACAUAUUUCCAGCUUAUUUUUGGUAUGACAGCAUGGCAAACUGGGGUUCGUACAUUACCAGUUAUCGUUCCUCUUGUCAUCGCUAGUAUAGCUUCUGGUAUUUUGAUCAAGAAAACCAGAUAUAUCAAGCCUUACUCAGUCUUCGGUGGUGUCUGUGGCUCUGUGGGUAUUGGUUUAUUACUUUUAUUAGAUAUUGAUACUUCAGGUUCUGCCAAAAUUGGGUUAUUGAUCAUACCCGGUAUUUACUGCGGUAUUUGUUUACAAACCUGUAUGAUUUCCAGUCAAUUACACGCACCCAAAGAAGCUGGGAGUACAAUAUUGACCACAUCUUUCAUCAACUUUAGCAGAUCUAUAGGUGGUACUCUUGGAGCUGAUUUGUCACAAGCUAUUUUCAAUGCAAGCUACAAGAACAGAAUAACCAAAGCGUUAAAGAGCUAUCCAAAUGGCACUCUUGGAGGACUCAACGGCCAUGAUGCAUCAAAAUUGAUUGCAAGUCCUGGGCUGAUUCGUAAUUUGGAUCCUGAAGUUAAGAAAGUUGUUUUGAAAGCAAUCAUGAAGAGUAUUAGAAAUGUUUUCAUAGUCACCACAACUAUGGCUGUUGUUUCCUUUGUCGUGAUUUUGUUCUUUUCCAACAAAAGACUCCCUAAAGAAGAAGAUGUGCAGCAGACAAAAGAUGACAAUGGACUAGAUAAUGCUCUUUCAACAACUGGUGAAUCAUUUGAACUGAAAACGAAAACUAACGAACGCGCAUCAGAUACCAAGUGA